GUGAGAUGAGAGAAGAGUUGUUCUGGGAUCUUCAAAUGUUAAAAGCUGGUAAAAUCGACUGUAUGGUCAAACACGACAUACAAUCACCAACAAUCAGCUACCGGCCAAAACUACAGGAGCAGGACACCGAGCAGUUAAAUAUCUUGUGUCUUCAGAACAAAGCCAAGAGACUUUACGUCAGGCUCAUGCUCGAUGGUGUUUGGACUCUGCUGCCAUCUCCGUCCCACAGUAAAGUCAAUAUGAAACAGGGCAUCGUGUGUCUGAAAAGUGAGGACAUCUUGCAACUCCUCCACUAUAAAUAUGACAUCAUCAAAGAGCGACUGUACCGAGAGAUGCUACAGGACGAGUACGGCAUGGUUUGGUGGGACUCUAUGUCACCAUGGCAACAGAUGGAGAGUGUAUGUGAACUGGGGGCAUCUGUAGAACAAGCUUAUCGACAAAGGGACUGGCUCAAAAUGUGUGGGCUGCCCGGGGCCCUCCGGUGCUACAGGAGUUGUACUCCAGUGGUCCUGCGGGGGUGCUCUGAGAGUCUUAAAGACAGAUAUCAAGCGUGGUCAUCUCAACCGAAAGAACAGGCUUGGACUGCUAUCAUCUACCUGUCUGAACUCGAGUCCACCUAUCAAGAAGAGAAAGAGUCUCUCACCGCUGUCAUUCACAGAGUGGAACAGGAAGCUUUGCGCGUCAUUUAUCUGAGUAUGUGUGUUGCUGUACGGAGAGCCGAGAGAGAAAAUCAGUCCCGCGCCGCGCUGCUGGUCGCCAGACAACACUGGCACAGAUGGCCCUUUAUGAAAGGCUCUGUCAGUCAAGAACUCGCUGGGAUUUGGCUAAAAGAACAUUUAGUUCCCACUGCAGGACAACAACAGAGCAGGAAAACAGGAAGCUGUAUACAACAGACUAUUCUCCAGUUGCUGGUUCUGUGUCAGGAGCAGGAAAGGAAUCAAUUGGUGGAAAUUUUGCACAGUGUUUCCAAAAAUGACCUCCAAGGACCGAGAAGCAACAAGAUGGCAGAUGCAGAUGACCAGAGCUGUGUGUCCAGACUACAUCGUAUAAAAGUCUCUCUGCAGGAAGAACAGGCCUCUAAUACUGCACCACUUGCCCCAGGGUGUUCUGGGAUAGAUGUCUCAUGGGGCGAAUGUGCCGUGCAUUUACUGACUCAGCUUACACUAGGACAUGAAGAUGAGACCUGGACCGUUUUACACUCACUGCAAGAUCUGGAACUUGGGGGUCUUUUGAGUCUACUGCAAAAAUAUGAGACAGAGCUACAAAGACCAGAGUUCAACAACCUGCGGGAAGUUUUACAGUCAUCUGCACUCAUCCAAUCCACCGCUGAGCCAAACACGGAGAGAGAGAGAGCUGAAUAUCUCCAGGCAAGAUCACUGGACUGUGCAAAACAAGGACUCUGUACUGGAUGUGGCAUGGCUUUAGAUCCCGAAGACACGCCAUAUUUAGAGAUUCUGUGUGUCAGAGACCCAAGAGAUGAGGCGGGCAGGAUGGAGAUGAGGGAUGAAGAAAGUGUGAGAAGAGUCAUUGAGGAGAUUUCAGAAGAGAAACAGAACUCUCUGAUCGCAGUGGCCUGGAGCAAACCAGCGCAUGGACAUGAGCAGACUCAGGAAGUGACCUCAGCUGUACAGGAAGUGAAGCCAGACAAUAGAAUACAGCAUGAGAGAUCUGCAAACACAGUUCAGAACGGUGUAAACAUUCCAAACACAAAUCCGCAUGAAAUGAACCUAUUUACACACUUGGAAAACAAAAGCCCAGUCAUACUCCAAUCAAGAGCCGAAGAAACACAGAUAGAGAUUCAGACUCAAACCCCACGAGACCAUCCAGCAUUCAUCGCUGAGGAAGACCAAAAUGUUGGAGAUCAACAGCACACAAUCCAACCUCUCACUGACCAUCAACCCAUCACAACACAAUCCACUGACACAACAGACACCAACACGCCGCCAGCAAGCACACAGUCCACAGAUCCGGAGCAGACACACACAUGUGAUGCCCGUGAGAUGGAGACGUCGCAGGUGCAGAAGAGGGAGGAGGAGACGGAUGAGAGAGGAGCUGAAGAACAGCAGCUACAGCGGGAGGCCACCAUGCGUUGUCUAGUGAACAUCCAGAGGAGAGCAGAGAGGCGCUGGCAACGUGACCGAGACAGACAACUACUGAGAGUUCAGGAGCGACUGGCAAUCGUGCAGAGUCGGAAGGCCGAUGAGGAUCUGUUGGGUCUGACACAUCUAACCGACGCACUACGACAGGAGGACGAGCAACAACAGAAAACGUUAGUAAGAGAGAAACUCGAGCAGAUGAGGAGAGAGCGCUCGUGCAUUCUUCAGACCAGACGAGAGAGAAACACCACUGGCUUUAAAGAGCUCAUCGCACCCACUGCUCAACGCAUGGCAGAAACUGAAGAAAGCCAUUAAAUCUGCUCAAAUCUCCAACGCCACCCAACAUAUAACGUACACACAGCACAGAGCACACUACAAACAUUUAUCAACUUUAUUCAUGUUAUAGCACGAAAGUAACUGCGAUUCAAUAAUAGGUGUUUAUGUGUUUCCUUGUUGUUCCCCCAUCGAUCUGUAGUAGUGCUUACAAUGCAUGCACACAUUGGCUGUUGAUCACGUUGUGUUUCUUUGGCAAAACUAGAUGAAAAUGCAUCAGCAUGACUUUGUAUGUAUACUGCAGAACAUGAGCACGGUAAAACACGUUAACAUCUUGAUUCUUUUCAAUCUUUAUUUAAUCAAUCACACUUUUUCGAUAAGAGUUAUCACUGUUGCCCACGUGCGACAGCGUUUCACUUUUUCGUCUCCCAUCGAAAAGAAACAAGUAUUAUAGACUUCUUACGUAACAGCCGCAGGAUGACUGGUGAGCAUAUAAUGAAACACAACUGAAUAUUUUAUUGAACUUCAGGAAACUCCACAUUAUCUCUGUCUCUUAACAGAUUUGUGUGUGCGUUACUUGUAACUUAAACAACAAAGUCUGCCCUUUCCACCAACAUCAACGUUUAUAUAUUCGGAGAGCAUAUAUACUGUGAAAGUCUACAAUGGAAAUGAUAGUGAUGAAUAAAUUAUUUUGCCUUGUCUUUUGUUAUGUUUGAAGUCUGUUCUUUGUGUGUUUGUUUGUUUAUGUGUGUGUGUGUGUGUGUUAAGUUGUAGACUGCAGGUAAAUGAUGUCAGUGCAUGUGUGUUAUCUUUAUAGUCUUACUAUUGUGUGUGUGUUCGGUUCACUACAUGGUGUGAAGAAUGAUGGACGGGGGGGUCUGU